GGCUCGAACAAAAGGUCAAGCCUGAGCCUCCUCUUAUACCAGAGACUGCGCUUUAUCCUGACCUUCGCACGAAUUCGCCUCAUCCCAUUAAUACUCAUCCCCACCUCCUCUUCCCUCCCGAGCUGAACUUAUUUCCACCCGCACAAUCCAUGUACCAGUACCACAAAGAUGUCGCUGCGAACUACAAUCUCACUGGCUGGGUUCAUUUGCGGCAUAAUGUCACUGUCGCCCGCUGGUCCGGUAAUGCCACCCACGGCCAUUGGGAGCUCACCAUCCGAAGACCACGAACAAGCCUGCCUGUGACUGCGCAGGAGCCCGCCCGUUUUUGGUACUCGGUCCUGCUGGACCCGGUAGAUGAAUUGGAGACAAUAUACGAGAAAUUCGAUCAUCUCAUCGUGGCCACUGGUCAAAACCGGUACCCUCUUGUGAACGACUUUCCCGGAAGAGAUGACUGGCUAUCGAGCAGUGACCCCAAAUCCCCGUUCCGGAGGGAUAUACGACAUUCUAUGUACUUUAUGGGUCCAGAACCUUAUACAAACCGCACCGUCCUCGUCGUCGGUGGUGGUGUCAGUGGCAUGGACAUUGCGAACCACAUUACCCCAUUCGUUACCAAGGUAUAUAUCGCACGGUCGUCGGGAAGGAAAGGCGACCCCUCGAAUCCAUUCAUUAUUCCGAAGCCUCGAUUAAGAAACUUUGAUCGUGAUGCCAUUUACUUUGAAGAUGGAUCCUCUGUGACAGAUGUCGAUAGCGUUAUUCUUGCAACUGGAUAUCGUCAUAUUGUUCCCUUUCUGAGUGCGGGAGAUGCACUUGUCAUCGACCCGAAAGCAAAAUCACACAACACUUCACAUAUCCAUCCACCACCUCCUCUGCCACUGACGAGCAACGGGAAAUACAUGCGCCCUCUUUACAGGCACACGAUGAGUUUAAGUUCGCGCUUUCCUCCUAACUCCCUUUUCGUUCUUGGGCUGCCAAGGACUCCUCCACCUGCCCUCGCCGAUGCUGCCCAAGCUAUUUUUGCUACUCGGGUUAUCGCCGAUCCAUCUCUCGUGGCCGACAGAAUUUCGCUCCUUCGGGAAUUGGAGGAGGACGAGGAACGUCUUCGACGGGCAGGAUACGAUCCCGAUAAACGGGCCCAUUCGCUCAUUGAUUUUACCGGACAAUGGCAAGAAGCGAACAUCUUCAUGGAUGGUAUCAUAGAUUUUCUCAAAGAGAAGAACGUCACUGGGCUACCGUUACUUGGAAGUGGUGGUCGGUACGUUGAGGAUUGGCGGAGAAGGACCGACGAUUUGCCUACACUUAUCCAGAUGUUUUUCACUUGGAGGGAACUUGAGAAACGUGGUGAAGCGGAAAAGAUGGUUGCUGGGAGGAGGACGGAGGAAGAUUGGAUUGAACUUCUUGAUUAUAUGGCGGCACAUCCGUUACCUCCUACCCCCGACGAGUCUGAUCUAAUCAUUUGAUCCUUGCAAAAAAAGUCUUCUUAGUACAGUAGAUACAAUAUUAGGGUUUUCAGUGCCUAGUCGCCCGAGAGCUAUUGUAAUUUUACCAUCAUAACAUUAUCGCACUCCCAUCUACUUUAGUAGAGGCUGGGAUCCUGCCUAG